AUGGCUCACGGAGAUCUAUACUGUCCAGGCGAGUUGGACGUGUUGCAUAGUAACAGAUCAGAGACGACCAUUUGUCUACCAUCACCAUCACCAAGAAAGCGAAUCUCAACCUAUUACCCCAGAUCUGGUCCUAGGGUGCUGGAGGAAUCAAACCUGGACCCAUUUUACCUCGAACAAUCACUGGCCGACACGCCAUCUUGGGAUUACAACUCGGAGAUGCGCAAUGAUAGUUUUGAAGACAACAGCCACUACUAUACAUUGUCAUUGACCCCAGGAGAUCAAUUUCACCACUCAUUGAACUACGGAGCCGACCGCUCUACACUGGCACAGGUCGAACUGGAGAAUAGCUUGCGAUUCCACCGAUACACUCCCUCGACGGAGCGAAGCACUUUGCAUAGCAGCCAGGAUUCGUUUAGCUCCGUGCAGACCGACAGCACUACCCCCGAUCUCACUCCUAGCAGCUCCUUCUCCUCAGCCUAUUCAUCGCCCGGUUGCCCUGACGUCGUCCUGCAAGCGACAGAGCAACUGUACAAGCACGCACAGGAGGCUCACCCAGAGUCCCGCCGUCGCUUCUACCUCCCUGCAUCUACUCCCCCAAAAUACUCACUUCCUCCCCCUCCUCCUCCACCGGUGGCGCCUUUGACCCCGGCGGAUACUCGCCCUACCACUCCUUGCGAGCCAUCGAACGACUCCACUACUACCAUCACUAUGGGUUACGAGGAUAUGACUGGAGCUGGGUCAAUGUCGACCCGAUCUCGCCGCAGAAAGCAGCCUCCAACCCUUCCCAACUUGUCCCGUGCCACCAGCUCCCACAGCUCCGGCCGCAAGCAAUCUAGCCCUGGAACACGAGUUCCUCUGGAUCCCUCCAUGAUUUCACCUCCAUGUCUGAUCAACCCCGUCACAAUGGAGCCCCAUAUGACACACUUCGACCACCCUCUCUUCAUUCCCGCCAAUGACUGCCCCAGUCCUGUCCCCAGCCCUGUGGCUAGUUCCCCACCUAUCUCCCGCCAAUGGACAGCAACAUCUAUGGAACGGCCGUCGAUUUCCACAAUGGAUGCCCGCUGCGAACAGUCCGUCUGGGAGUCAGAUUCCGAGAGCGAGUCUGUUGGCCGAAAGUCCAUCUCACGCAGACCAAUUGACACCCUCCGCAAGGUUCGCAGCCGUGCGAAGCUUCGUGGUGCCAAGUCCCAACCUCGCCUUCACCAGACCAUGCUCGAUGACCAGGCAAUGGAGCAGUUUCCCUGCAUGCCAGACGACAUCCUAGGUGAGCACCUGGCCGAGUCCAUCCGCAACGCGAGUAUGGACCGGCCUAGCACAAGCCGUGAUGGUCUCCGUCCCUCUGGACUAGCAACGCUGCGCUUGGUUGCUCCCUCUACCACAUCACUUGUCAAAUCCCGCUCUCGGAAGAACAGCAGCAUCAAUAGCUCCGACGUAGAUCGUUCAGCUGCUGCUGCCUUCCAAGCACAGUUCCGCCGCCGCCAGCGCUCGGAUACCCCAGAGUGCUCCACCUCUUCACUCGGGAAGGACGACCGAGAGAAGCUCACAUCCUUCUGCUUUGAGCAGCACCCUCAGCCUGCUAUCCAUGAUGGUGCCCAGUCCCGCCCCUUCUUCCAGCGAUUCAUGGAUUCCUUGCGAUCCUUGAACUGCGGCAAGCCCACAAAAAAGACCAAUGUAUCUGUCAUCUAA